CUUUUAAUCAAGAAACAACAAAGAAGAAGGGCAGAUGCCCAGAUGAUCACAGCUAAUCAUGACAUCCGUCCCAAGACACGCAAACAGAAAGCUGAGUCUGACGAUACAGCUUUAUUGAUAAGCCAAUCUCAGAGCAACAUUGCCCUCAGUGACAUGCAACCUGAGCAGAUUUAUGAAAACACGGUGGAAGAGAUUUGUUUAGGAGAACUGACCAUUUCGUCCAGGACAGAAGAGGCUUCGGAAGAGGUAGCUGAUUCUGUUCCGGUCAUCACUAAGAAAAUCGAUCUAGAGAUCAGCCCGCAGCACAGCGCUAAAUGCACGUUAGACACAGAAGGCCAAGCAGAUGGGAAAAAAACUAAAAAGAAAGGUGUGAAAAAGGGGCAAACAAAAUUACUUGAGGCCAAACCUGCAUUAGAAGGGGAGGAAAAUGAAGGGAAAGAGCAAAAACCAGUGAAGAAGAAGGAUAAGACAAAGGAAUCUAAGGAGAAAGUGAGGACAGAAGAACAGUCUUCAAUUCAGACUGAUUCAGUUGUGGAAAUCAACAUUAAUGAAGAGAAAAAACCUGAAUCAGAGAGUGAGGAUGAAAGAAAAGACUGGACAAAGAGCCCCAUCCCUCCAACACCAAAGAAAAAACAACAACUAAAACCAAUGAGAUGUCAUCUCAGUGACAGUGAGGAAGAAAAAGAGGACGAAGAGGAGGAGGACAAGAAGAGGGAAGCUAAAAAAACACCAAAGAAGUCUAAAAAAGGAGCAAAAAAUAAUGACAAUAUUGCUUCUUUAAACUCCAACUAUAAAGAGCCUUCCUCCGACAGUGAUUCUUUGGACAUGGGAAAAUCCUCUCCGAUGUCUUUGGAGGAUCUGGAACAGUUUGCCAUGCGUCCUGCUCCAAGAGAUGUGACUAUUCAGUGCAGGAUCACCAGAGACAGGAGGGGAGUGGAGAAAGGCAUCUUUCCCACAUAUUACCUCCACAUGGAAAAGGAGGAUGGGAAAAGGGUCUUUCUGAUGGCUGGAAGAAAAAGAAAGAAGUGCAAAACUUCGAAUUAUUUGAUAUCAAUCGAUCCUACCGAUUUAUCCAGAGAUACUGACAGCUACAUAGGCAAACUAAGAUCAAAUGUCUUGGGGACUAAAUUCACUGUGUAUGAUAAUGGCGAGAAUCCAGAAAGGAAUCCAUUCAUUAAAGAAACAGAUACACUGCGACAAGAGCUAGCAGCAAUAUGUUAUGAGAAAAAUGUUUUGGGUUUCAAAGGACCUAGAAAAAUGACAGUAAUUAUUCCUGGUAUGCAUGAGAAUGAUGAGAGAGUUGUUAUUCGGCCAAAAAGUGUGAGUAUUAUGUUGUGGAUUCUUGAUAAUCACUUUUUUUUCAUCAAUUGCAAUAUUACGUUUCUUCUUUUGGAUAUACACUACCAUUCAAAA